UACACAGACUAACAUAACAAGUUACAUAGUUAAUGUGAUAAAAAAUAUUAUUUUAAUUUGACAAUGGGUAAUACAGAAAGUAAUGUAACUAGUGGAGUAAAGAAGCAAGCAGGGACGUCGGAACAGAAACUUUAUAAGCUUGUGCAUAUCAAAGGAGGAGGACUUCUGGUGGAUAUGAUGAAGCGUGCUCUUCAAAAUAAACAGUACGCGGAGAUUGAUCACGCAAUUAAGACCAAAGUGGAGCCAUUUUUGUACAACAAGGGAAAAGGACGAUACAUACCAAUAUCGCAUCUAGUGCUGUUGCGAAAUAAGGAACGAGCGCGGCAUAAAUUGUUGCCACCUUUGCGAGGUUUCGAAAACCCAGACGAAGAGUUUGACGUGGAGAAGGACUGGCCUGUAGUGACGCAAGCAGAGUACGAUGCCAACCCUUCUGGAUACAGAGACCUUUGCUGGGACUUAAAGGAACGUGGUGCAGUUGGUGAGACCAUCCUUCACUUGUGUCUGCUCAAUGCCACGUCUCUGCUUGCUCAUUUGGCAAAAAGAUUGUUGCGUUUCUACCCGAAAAUGAUUAAUGACAUCUACAUUGGCGAAGAAUAUUACGGUGAGUCGGUUCUGCAUAUUGCCAUAGUAAAUGAAGACCCGACGAUGACAAAGUUUCUUUUAGACGCUGGUGCGGAUUACCACGAGCGGUGCUACGGUAAUUUUAUGUGCCCGGAAGACCAGAAAGCGUCUCGUACAGACUCUUUGGACCACGAGUGGGUUAACUUACAACCUGACACUAAUUAUAAUGGAUACGUGUACUGGGGUGAGUAUCCGUUGAGUUUCGCGGCGUGUCUGGGACAAGAGGAGUGCUAUCGUCUGAUACUGGCACGGGGGGCGGACCCCGACAAGCAAGACACUAAUGGCAACACGGUUUUGCACAUGCUAGUUAUCUAUGAGAAAGUGAGUACAUUCGAUAUGGCGUACGAAGUCGGAGCUUCUUUGAACAUACGCAACGUCCAGAACCUUACUCCGUUAACACUUGCAGCUAAACUGGCUCGAACUGAAAUGUUCUUCCACAUCCUGAACAUAGAGCGCGAGAUAUACUGGCAGAUAGGAGCCACUACAUGUGCUGCCUACCCUUUAGGACAAGUAGACACAAUUGAUACUGAAACGGGCCUUAUUAGCAAGGACUCCGCGCUCAAUUUAGUGGUCUUCGGAGAAAAAGAUGAACACCUGGGACUCCUCGAAGGCAUGCUGAUAGAUCUCCUCAAAACAAAAUGGAACACAUUCGUUAAGUUUCGUUUUUAUCGACAAUUCAUAUUGUUUUCGUGUUAUUUUUUGGUCUCGUUAGUAUGUUUUACUCUACGCCCUGGUCCGCCUGAACGAGGACUCAAUACAACUGCUUUGAACUCUACUGCGGUCACUAUAUUAAACGAUACUGAACUUGUUACUGAAGUUGAUUAUUGCCUUUCAGAAAAUUGUACUAUGCCACGGAAUGGUGUAGAUUUUGAUCCAAAAGCCGUCGAAGUUCUUAAUGGAAGUAAAUUCCAUGGGACAAAAUGCGCACGUUUCAAGAGUCAUCCGAAAGAUAAGGACAAACCCGUUAUUAGACAUUCCGAUGUUGAAGACUGGUGGGAAGAUCUCACAGAAGAAUGUAGAUUGAUGAAUUUUGAUACCUGGCAUGCAAAACUGCGGAUAGCUGCAGAACUGUUAUUAUGGGUCGGAGCGCUGGCAUACUUCGGAUCGGCUUUACGUGAAGCGAAAUUUCUAGGACUAAAAAUGUUUUUUGAAAAUUUGAGCACAGUUCCCUCCAGGGUAAUGUUUUUGUUCUCCUGUUUUCUGAUGCUGAUCUUGCCGACAUUAAGGUUGUGGUGUGCUGAUGAAGCCGAGGAUCAUCUUGCUGUUAUUAUCAUGCUGACAACUGCCCCAUACUUUUUAUUCUUUUGCAGAGGAUUUAAAACUGUUGGGCCAUUCGUGGUAAUGAUCUACAGAAUGGUAAUGGGAGAUCUGCUUCGUUUUGUUUGCAUCUAUUUGGUUUUCGUCAUGGGGUUUUCUCAAGCGUAUUAUGUGAUAUUUUUAUCAUUCGAUAAUCCAAACACCCCUGAAGGCGUCGACGACACAGUUUCCAACCCUAUGCCAUCUCCCAUGGAAAGCAUAAUGGCGAUGUUUCUGAUGUCACUCACUUCGUUCUCGGAUUACUAUAGCGCCUUCGAUAGAACUGACCAUGAAAUAGAGGCUAAAUUAUUGUUCGUGAUCUACAUGAUAAUAGUUGCUAUACUAUUGGUGAACAUGCUAAUCGCGAUGAUGGGCAACACGUACCAGAAAAUAGCCGAGACGAGGAACGAAUGGCAGAGGCAAUGGGCGAGGAUAGUGCUGGUGGUAGAACGAGGUGUGCCACCGGCGCAGAGGUUGAACCAGUUAUUGACUUAUAGCCAACCGAUGGCUAAUGGAAAGAGGGCUUUGGUGCUGAGAAUUAAUCAGAAGAAUGAAGAUAAAGAAGAAAUGAAAGAAAUCUUAGAAAUGAAGAGGACCCACGAACGUAUAGUAGCGAAAAGAAAACAACGAGAGGCGAUGAUGAAAGGGCAAAAGGGAGGUUCCCUGCCACCCACAGUUAGAGACUAUCCUAUUAGAAAAUAAGCCUGAACUAUAAAUUGUAGUAUGCAUGUUAUAAAUGUUUAGUUAAGUAAUAUUGUAACGUAUGAGUUUAAGAUAUAGACAGCUAUUAAUAAACAAGUUUUUAUUUUCCUUAAGUAGUAUUAAGUUAAUAAUAAAAUGAACUUUGUGAAAAACAUGUGAUUAAGCUGUUUAUGUUAUUGUUGUUGUAUGAACAGGGAAAGAGUAACAUUUUCAUUAAUAAUAUCAUAUAAAAAUUCUUGUAAUAAAGAUACAAUGUAUCUACACUCUGAUGAGCUACAUUAUAAAUAAUGGCUAUGGAAACAAGAAUUAGUUAAUGUUAGUGUUUGGAUUAAUUUUCAAAUCGAAAGACGUUAGCAAAACACAACAUCGCAUCUUUUGUCAUCAUUUUUUUUUUAUUUUUAUUCAAUAGUUUACACAACACUAAUUAUUUCUUGGCCUAUGGCAUUACAAAGACUUUACGUUAUGUAUACCUUUCAUUCAUUUCUACAAAUGGUUUUAGAAAUUGCACACAUCUUUUUGUCGUUAAAUAUUACAUAACUUUCCGGCCGCAGUCACAUGAACAGCAAGUGUUACACGAGUACAUUUUUAAUAGAUUUUUGUGUGCAAAUCAGUUUGAACUUUGAUAUCAUAAAUGAGUUAGCAUACGACGAUUGUGGGACGAUUUCUAACAGCGUCCUUUUUAUUUAAAAUGUCAACUGACAAAGUUAUCUAAGCAUUAUGAAUAGCGAUGAAUAGCGACGUUGUUAAAAAUAUAAGUGUAAAUUGUGACGAGGUUCGUCGGUGCUUUUCACUGUUACGUCACUAUUUGCGAUUGCUACUUCCAUCUGGGCUUGUUGCAAAUGGUCAAAUAAUCUCGUGUGUGUCCAUAAUGCCUUGCAUACCCACUGUUUGUUGUCAUGUACACAGCGCUGUUUGAUUUACUUCUUUCGUAAUCGGUCAGAACCAUUGACAAAUCGGAUGGAUAAAUCUACGAGUGUUCAAGCUCUGAAGGUCAUUACUACAUACGUUUAUAGGAACAAUAAUUAACGGAUUUACGCGAAUUGCAAUGGACACGAAGGAGUUUUGAAAUUUGAUAUUGAAAAGAUCGUUACUUCUGCAGUAAUUUAUGCGCUUGUCAUCUACUAAUGGUUUAUUUCAAUAAUAAUGCCCGAACAUAAUAUGUAUGUAUUUAUAAAAUACUACCGAAAAAGCUACGUAUGUACAUAUGAUGCUUGUGAUGCGUACUAAAGUUUGAUCGGUAUCGGCGAUUACAUAUUAUAAUUGGGUCACAGUUCCAAAGCGCUUACGAAAGUGCCUUAAUCUCACAAGAGAACUAAGGCUUAGGAUUUUAUGAUGUAAUCUGAAGAUUGAAAAUAAUCAUUAUGAUAACUAUUACAAUAACAAAACAAUAAUAAUAGGUGACCUGAUAAAAUGUCUUAAUGUGUACAGUUUAUAUUAAUACGAUAAAACAUCUUCUUAAAAAUUGCAUUGCAUCAUAUCCAACUAAUAACUGACAGAUUCAUGAAGUUACACAUAUUUGUAAAUUGAUUUUAGUUUACUGAAAAUCUUAAAGUCAUACGCAUGCGACAUGGUAUGUGCAAUCGUGUGUGAUGGUGCCGCUACUCUGUGGCCGGUAGAGGUGGAUGGUAUAAAAAGUAUGGUCAAUCACUAGCCAUACACACAGUCUUACCCACGACAACAGCCAUGAGGAGUGCGGUAAGUACACAAGUGAAAUUAUGUGCUCGUUGCAAACAGAAAGCCGGUAUUAUGUGACAAGUGAUAGUCCUUAGUGUUUAGUUUCGUGUGUUUGUCUGCAGGUAGUAUU